AUGCUGAGCCCUGGAAGGAAGUGCACUGACUAUUCCACCUUUCAAAGUCUUGGCGAGAAGCUGGACAGGGCAGAAGGAAAGGACAAGUGGAAGCGUGACGAUGACUCGCCACUCUUCGAUUCGCAGCAUCUCAGAGAGCGGACGAAGAGAUACCGAGAGAUGAUGGCCAGCAACUCAAUGCACCAAACUAUCAUGGAUAAUCCUAACUGA